AUGGCUGCUUCGAUGGAGGACAGUUACCCAAACGCCAUUGUUUUGAAGGUCGAGGAGGCUAUCCCUUUGAUGAUAGAACGUGCCAUUGAAGUGGUCUGCAACACCAAGUUCUACGAUAAGCAGUUUCUAAACACAGAUGUGCUGCAGAAAGAAUGGCCGAUAGUGGAGUCGUGUUUAAGGGAGUACGGUGUUGUAUGCACACUGGAUCUGGUUGCGGGUAAAAUGGAAGUCUCUAAAACCAAAGCGGCAGAAGAUGAAGACAUAAUUUUCAAGGCCAUUGAUAUAUUGCAUCUCUUGUCGAGAAAUGUUCCAGCACGUUGGGCAAUACGAACCAUGGAUUGCAGUUGCGAACAUGAGAUCAUCAAUAUUGGGAAUCAAGAAGGGGGGAUUUGCAAAUUGUUUGGGAUCAGUCACGAAAAAUUUCUUGCACGGAGGAAUAUUCUCAUUGGUGUCGUGAAGGAACUUUCUCAGGUGACUGGCUGUGGCAUUUUUGGUAAGGGAAAUACCAUUGCUGUUCUUGGUUCACUGCAAGGAAUAAAGACGGUAAAAAAGAUCGUGGAAGACUGCAUUGCUCAUGAUGUGCCUCCUGCCCCUCGUGUGCGGAGGAUUAAGAAGAAGACUCAACCCAAGAAGGAUGCCAGGAUUAAAAUGACAAGUCAAGUGAUGAUGAGUCUCGAGUCUUUGUGUGUCUGA